AUGAUCUCCGCUGGAUCGCAGCAUCUUCAUCGGAAGCUGCGCGGUCGAGAAGUCCAGCUCUUCGCAGUUGGGGGUGCGAUUGGAACGUCCCUUUUUGUCCAGAUGGGCGCUGUUUUGCCCAAGGGGGGACCGGCGGGAUUGUUUCUGGGCUUUGUUGUCUAUGGUACUGUCAUCCUGUGCGUCAAUCAAUGCUUCGCCGAAAUGGUGUGCUACCUGCCCAUACCGUGCCCAUAUGUGCGACUGGCCAGUCACUGGGUAGACGAAGCGUUUGGGCUGGCUAUGGGGUACAAUUUUUUCCUGAAUAUGGCACUUGGGAUACCCUAUGAAAUCGUCGCGAUCAAUGUCCUGCUCACGUACUGGACCGAUGAGGUUCCGGUGGCGGCUGUGGUGGCGGCAUGCAUAGUACUCUACGCGGGUCUGAACAUUCUAACAGUUCGGUACUUUGGGAUAUCUGAGUUCUACCUUUCAAUCUUCAAGAUAUUUCUUAUGCUGGCACUUAUGCUAUACACCUUCAUCACGAUGCUUGGGGGCAAUCCGCAAGGCGAUCGCUAUGGUUUCAGAUAUUGGAACGACCCGGGCGCCUUUGUAUCCUACCUGGUCCCAGGCGACGGGGGUAGGUUCUGCGGUCUACUUGCUUGCAUGAUCCAGGCUUCUUUCACGAUGGUCGGCCCGGAAUACAUAUCGAUGGCAGCAGCUGAAGCAGAGCGGCCUCGGUCGGUCAUGCGAAAAGCCUACUCAGCAUUCGUCUGGCGCCUGAUGUUCUUCUUUCUCGGAGGUGCUCUCUGUAUGGGGAUUGUCCUCCCCUACGACGACCCAACACUCAAGGCGAGACUCGAAAGCGGCAGUGGAACCGGCGCAGCGUCCCCCUACGUAAUCUCCAUGACCAACUUCCGCAUUCGAGGCGUGCCAUCACUUGUCAACGCCCUUAUCAUGACCUCAGUCUUCUCAGCGGGAAACAACCUUGUCUUCUCAGGGUCCCGACUUCUCUACGGAAUGGCCCUCGACGGACAGGCACCCUCCAUCUUGGCACAUUGCAACAAGCGUGGGCUGCCCUACAUCGCAGUCGCCGUGACCAUGGUAUUCUCCGCAUUGGGCUUUCUACAAGUGAGCAGCAGUUCAGCCCAGGUCCUCGACUGGCUGGUCAGCGUGCUCACGGCCUCAUACCUCAUCAACUACUUCGGCACCUGCAUCACAUACCUGCACUUCCAUGCGUCGCUGCAACGGAACGGAGUCGACCGCGCAACACUUCCGUAUAAAGGCCGCCUGCCGCAGCCGUUCGCGGCGUGGUACGCGGUGUUCGGCACGGGUAUCAUGACCUUGGUUCUGGGAUUUGAUCUCUUCUUCCCAGGACAUUGGGAGUUGGCUGGCUUCUUUCUCAACUACACCAUGAUUGGUUUCUUCAUUGUCUGCUUUGUUUCCUGGAAGGUUGUCAAGCGGACGAAGUACGUCUGGCCCGGUACGGCGGAUUUGAGCUUCAAUGGCCUGAAGGAGCAGAUUGAUGCUUAUGAGGAGAGUUAUGUGCCCCCGGUUCGUGGGCGCAUAUCGAGGGUGUUGAAUAGCUAUUUCGAGUAG